UCCUCCCUCUUCCUCCCUCUUCCUCUAACUUGCUCUUCCUUUAACUUGCUCUUCCUCUCUCUAUCUUCCCUCAUCUAUUAUCAUGGCACCUUGUCAGCUGGCCUGCUUAAAGCCAUCCCACCCUAGCUGCCGGCUUCUGAUCCUAGAGCUGUGGUUGGCUUGUCGCUCUCAACGUCGCCGUCACCUUGUUUCGCAGCCCUGGCAUGCAGCUCUCUCAGCCAAUCGACUCGUCUACAAAGGUGUUGGCAACUGCGCCGGCAGUGUGUUGCAAGCCAACCACCAUGGUUAUGACAUGCCAGGAUGGAAGGGAAGAGGUGGGCUAAUGCAGACAAAUAAAGAAGGCAGGUUAAGGCAGGCAGAUGAAGAAGCAUUCGUGGGUAUACUCCACGACAAUAAGAUCAUCUUCACCAAGGGCCACGGAACAGUUGUCGGCAACCAGCCUAACCUUAAACCACGUCAUCCUGGUCCCGAUACAGUUUACGGCAUAGGGUCCAUGACAAAGAGCUUCGUGGUUGCGUGUCUUGCAAAGGUCCGUUGGGAGGGCAAGAAAGCCGAGUUUGAAUGGAGCACACCGAUGAAGGAUCUGAUUGAUGGUUUCAACACCGAUGACAGAAUACAGCACUUGGUCACUCUUUCCGAUUUCCUCUCUCACCGAACUGGGCUCAACGGAGAUAUGUCUAUCGCCCAUCAGGGAGACCAAGAGUUCCUCCUUGUUACGAUCCAAUCAGAAACCCCUUAUGUAAGCUAA